GUUAGUCAUAACUUAAUAUCGCUAUAGCAGGGUGCAUUCGCGGACCAUAUGAACCCUUAAGUUUGAUGUUAGAUAUACAGAUGACUGCCGAUAUCGAAUCGGCGCCUGUCAAGGCUCCCAUGGGGUUCGGUGCUCGUGCUAAGAGAUUUGAAGUAUGUGGCAUACAUCCUGGUAAAAAAUAUCCCGGCACAUUUGUUCAAGUUUGUUAUGACAAGAAGUCUAUGGCUGAAGAAAACCGUCGGCUGGGACCUGGGUCAUACAAUAUUGCACAGGGUGGAUUUACUCACGACACCGUCAAAAAAAGAUCCUCAGGACCUGGUUGGAAAGAAGGAUACGAAGCGGAGAUUCAAGCGAAAAUGCCGCACCUCCUUAAUCGGGAACAGUUUGAGAAGCAAAAAAGACAAAAAGAAAAUCUUGGUCCUGGUACCUACAAUUCCAAAGAUAUGUGGGAGGAGCUUGACUCACGGCCAAAAAGCUUACAUGGCAUCUGCUCGACUCUUGAACCUAGGUUUGCCCCGACAUCACGAGAUCCUCCUAGAAACUUUGUAAUUCCCGGCCCAGGGACAUACGGAAGCGGUGGAAUUCCUGGUAAACUUCUGGAAGAUAAAGAAAAAGAGAGAACGAGCACCGUGAUAAUGAGAGCAUCUGACAGUAAACCAAGGAUGCUCCCUCAAGUUGGGUGUGAUCUUGGCCCCGGACAGUAUGAGUACAAGAGCUUUACCCAGAACCUCAUUGAGAAAGUUACAAGCAAAAAGGGGCCUUACGAUUUAUUUAAUGUCUCUCGUUCUAAGCCAAUAAACACAGGGUAUUAUGCUCAACCCUCUCGUAUGAAUCUGGGACCUGGCCAGUACCCAACCACGUCUUUCACUGACAAAUGGAAUGACCCUUACUGGUACAAGAAAGGAAAGUUUGGUAAGUUAGAGCACUAUCCGUUUGCUCCCACAGAACGUGUUUAUUGCAGCACAUUGUCUCAAUGUCCACGUCGUUCCACUGAUCCUGGGCCAGGAACGUACGAUAUCGCAGAGAUGAGCGGUGUUAAGCAUAUCACAAAACCUAAAGUUGGAUUUAACAUGUCUUCUGAGCGCAUCGACCGGCGAGCUCGCACUUUCUUCAUGGGACCAGCUGGAGGGAACCCGUGUGGAGUUGGGCGCUACGAGAUAGAGAAGUCUAACAACAGUCUACAGAAGGGCUGCACUGGGCAUGUGUCUUCAUUCAAAUCUAAGACACAAAGAUACGGUGCAACUGGUAUGGCUUCUAGAGACCUGAUGUUGCAGGAAAGAAUGAGAGAAAAAGAUGUUCCUCUCAGUACUAAACAGUUCAUUCAUCCUGCAUUUCAAUGACUUUAACUAACUUUUGUGGUGGUUUAGAUCUUAAAAUUAGAGAAUGGAUGAGCUCUUAUGAGUGCUGCUUAGAUGAGCAUUUUGAUAUUUCGAUCGGUUAAAACGAUGAAAACUUGUUCCACCCUAACAUCUUAGGGUUACUAUAUUUUCUUUUCUGCAGAUCAUAGAUUUUCAUAUGUUAUCAUAUAUAAUUUUCAUUACUACCUCAUGAUUUUCAACAACUGUAACUCUGAGAAAAAUUGUAUAAAGCUCAUCAUUCGGUUUUUGGCAUGAGUGCAAAAAUGUUUAUACCACUUGUUUUUUCCUCAGUGAUGCAUGUGUCGAUGGUUGUGCAGUAAUUUUGAAAAUUCUGUGAACAGAAAUCUAGAUUUUUGUUAUGUAUAACGUAGCAGCUAUAGAUUUUAUCUAUAUGUUAUGUAUGUAAUCAUGGCGUGAUAACAAGGGUAUACUUACUUUGUGGGAUUUUGUAGAUUAUUAUAUCCGGUCUUUCUUCUUUAAUAAGUUAUUGAAAGUUUCUCUUAUCAUUUCUAUUGAUUGUAUGUAGUAUCAUCUGUAAAUAAUGAUGUAGAUUUCGUUUUUAUGAGCCGAUUUAGUUUUGAAAUGAAUAUUAAAAUGUUUUAAUGAUGCAUGCGAGCAAGUUCGGUUUGAAUUUGUAGAAAAUCUAAUUUAUCAUCUGCAUGCACUGAAUAAGAUGGAAUGAAUAUGUAGAAUGUAAUGAUCUUGAUUGAUGGCUCUUCAAAAGUUUUAAAGGAUUUUACUGCAAAAUAUA